UUUCUUGAAGUUUUUACGAGAGACAUUUGGCGCGAAGCCUCUGCCACAGGAGGAUUUUGUGUAUUCCUGAAUUUUAUCCACUUCAUCCUUCUUUUUUCCGUCUAAAACACCCUCGAAGAUAAUUCAGAAUGGAUGAAGCAGUAGAAGCACGUCUCAAGGCAUAUGUGAUCGACAGCAACGAUGCACUCGAGUUCAAAUUAGCUCGAAGCGAAGAAGACUUGGAGAAUGAAGAGACAUCCUUCUCCCCCGAGAUGUCCCAUCAGGUCUUCGGAGACAGUGAGACAAUAUUUGGAUACAAGGAUUUGAAGGUCAAGCUGUAUUACUCAGCUGGAUGGCUCGAGACAUACCUCGGUAUGACGUAUUCUGAAAAACUACAGAAAGGUGUAUACGAAGGGGUUGAGCCUGAUGAUGUCCUUGGCAAGAUGACUGACAAAUUGCCACCAAAUGUUCACGAUAAUUUAGAUUCUUUCGUCAAAACACUGGUCAAGGAUGAUAAUUUCAGACCCGCUGGCGAAUUGCUACACUCCUUUUCAGUUAACGAUAAUGAACAAGUUCGUCAUUUCGAAGUUUAUAAAGCUGAUAUGAGUUGUAAAGACUUCAGGGAAUAUCACGAUCGUCUCCAAACAUUCAUUCUCUGGUACAUUGAUGCUGCCAGUUUCAUUGAUGUUGAUGACGACCAAUGGCAUUAUUUCAACAUGUACGAAAAAUAUGCAUCAGCAUCUGGAAACCCUCGAUACGGGACAAUAGGAUUUGCCACAGUGUACCAAUACUACGCAUAUCCCCAUCACACUAGACCUCGAAUAGCACAAGUGUUGAUUCUGCCCCCAUUCCAGAAAAUGGGCCUCUGUGCUCACUUGCUGAAGGCUAUUUAUCGUCAGUACAUCGGAAGAAACGAAGUUAAAGACAUCACAGUGGAGGAUCCAGCAGUCUCUUUCCAACGAGUGCGUGACUACGUGGAUGCCAUGAACUGCAUGACACUUCCAAGUUUCAGCCGAGACCUCUUGAUGCACAACUUCAACAAGGAGAUGGCGAAUGAAGCCAGAGAGAAAUUCAAGAUCAACAAAAGACAGGCGAGACGAAUUUACGAGAUUCUCAGGCUGAAGAUGACGGAUUUGACAAAUGAGCAGGAGUAUAGGGAGUAUAGGCUUGCUGUCAAGAGACGUCUCAAUAUUCCAUACAAAAGGGAACUCCAUGAUCUCAGAAAACUCGAGUCUGCACUCAGGAAUUUGGAUAAAAAGGGGAAUGUCGCUAUUCCACCGGCUGAGCAACGAAUUCAGACACUUGAGAAAGAGUAUCGAGCUCUUGAGGAGGACUACAAGAGAGUCAUUCGACGAAUCGAGGAGGAAUCAGAGCAAUGAAACGGAGGAACUAGCUUUCAUUUUUUUUUAAAUAUAAGUUCUUGAUAUAUUCGUACUAAAUUUGAAUCGUGAAACGAUAAAAUUCGAUCAAUUGACUUCAAAAAUCUUUUCACUUCCUUUCCUUCCAUUUUUUGAGGCUUUAUCUUUUUAAUCGAAGAUUCUAGAGAUAAAUUACUCUUGAUUGAGGAAAUUGGAUAUGAUUGAGAGAUGUUAGGGAUUCAUUAUUACGUUUGACAACUCUUUUGGUGGAUCAUUUAAGAUCGAUAUUUUUUCUUCAUGCUCGUUACGAUUUUCUGGAAAAAUUGUAACGAGCGGUAUUCCUUUUUUUUAUUUUAUUACAUUUUCUUACUUUUUCUUUAUGUUUGGAGUUGAGUUUGAAUGCUGCGUGUACUGCGAAUAAUCGUUAUUGUACAGCAAUUAAUAAAGAUCACUGUUUUUGCAUGUA